AUGUCACUGGACUUUGGCGCCAAUUUUGAUGUUGAUGCGUUCUUGUUUCACGAGGACCAGCUUCGCAGCCACGCGACUAUUGUCGGCCCCGAUCCGGGCUACGGGCAUCUCCAGGAUCCUCUGCUCGGCUGCCUGCCCUCUGGCACAAGGCCGCGGCUGACCAACGGCGCCGAUCAUCUCGCGGUGUACGAGAAGUUCAUCCGCGACCACAUCCAGCCCGAUGCGUAUGUGCGUAUUGUCGGGACACCGCGCAGGCUGACCAUGUUCAACCUCUCAGUAAGCAACCAAGGCGAUGCCCGUGGUGUGAUUGAUGCCUUGGUCGGGUUCCGACUCCAGAACCUAGACGCGGAGAUGUCCAUAGUCGCGUCCAAGCUGGGGCCGUCAGAGUUCCAGGAGACGCUAGAGUUCUGCAAGUACCUCGAGAUCCUCGCGGACAAUGACAUCCAUGUCGACAUGUUCGCCAGUACCGAUUGCCCGACACGCCAGGUGAUGCAUGCUAAGGGUAUCGUCAUCGACAGUCAGGUGCUGUUUAGCACCGGUGCCGUCAUGGACACGAAGCCCAUCAACAAGGCGGAUUUUUCAAUCGAGCUUCCGCGGGCCGCUGCCACAACGUUCCAGCACUAUACCGACGAGCGCCGCGCAGAGCUCGCCGCGGAGCUCGCGAAGCUUGGAGUGGUGGUCAACGACCCAGUCACGGGCUUGACAUACAUCAGUCGCGCACAAGACGCGUUGAUCCGCGGCGCCACCCACCAACUGAUUGUCAGUCUCUCCGAGCUGGUCGAUCCUGCGAUGACCCAAGCCCUGAUCGAUCGCGCCGCGGGUGGUGUCCAGGUGAUAAUCCAGGUUCGCGAGCUCGACCCUGUCUCGGCGAUGUCUCUGGCUGGCGCGAUGCUGCGCGGUUCCAACCUGGUGGUAGAGAACUCGAGUUGGUGGGAGCCUCGUCCACACUUCAACGCCAUCAUUGCUGACGGAGACUUUGCGUACCUCGGUACCUCAUACCUGUGGCCAACUCAGCGCAACAUGGUCCACCACAGCCGGUCGUUGGAGAACGGCGUGCUGCUCCAUGGUGAUGCUGCGGCGAGUGUGCUCGUCCAAAUUGAAGACCUGCGCGCCCGAGCGCAUGGCUUCGCGACUGUCAGUUGCCCGAGAAAGCAGAAGGCUUUAGAUCUCCCCGUCCUAAACCGGUGUGGCCCGCCCCAGGCAGCGCUGGCUGCUGUGCAGCAUUAA